AUGUGCAGUAGUGAGGGCGAGGAGAUGCCUGCCACCGACGGCGACGACACCUCUGACGCGGCCUUUGUCGGCGUCAGCACGACCGAUGAGUUUGACAUGUACGACGACGAAGCCGGUGAAGUGGAGAGCACCGACGUGUCGGUCUCCUGA